AUGUGUAUCAAGUUUUUCGCUUUCGUUUGCUUUCUAACACUUUUCGGAUUGAUCGCAGCUAGAACGAAAUGUGGCCCAGGAACCUCUCGCAAGGGAGAGAACUGCAUACCAUGUCCGGCUGGUACAUUUCAAGAAAUGUGGGACAAACCUUCCUGUUCACCCUGUCCGGGCGGAACUCAUAGGAAAUCUAUUGGCGCCUCAUCUAUAGCUCAAUGCAUUCGAUGCCCAAGGUCUUUCUACAGUUCUGCUGGGUCGUCUACUUGCCUGAAAUGCAAAUCUGGAGACUUUUCCCUCGCCGGAUCUGAUCAGUGUGGCAAGUGCAGGGCUGGCUUUGAAUUAAAGGCCAUCGGAGGUCCGUGCCAACCUUGUAAGCCCGGAUUCUUUAGCGAGGCAGAGCGACACGGGAAUCGUAUGUGCUCAAGAUGCCCAGAUGGCACUUUUUCAUCGAAGAAUGGGGCAUCCUCGUGCACACCCUGUCCGCCUGGAAGCUUUCGCCGAAACACGCCAACUGUGCACGGAAGACAAGAUAUCGAAGAGGAUAGUUCUCUCUGCCCUCUCUGUCAGGAGGGAACCUAUAGUGACGCUACGGGAUCCUUUGUUUGCAAGCUAUGCCCUCCGGGAACCUUCUCAAGAAAAGGGGCGACUUCAUGUUCUCCAUGCCCUCAGGGGCAGUACAGUUAUCUCGUGGGUAGUUCCGGCUGCACUCGUUGUCCGCGAGGCUCAAAUUCACUUGGCCUGCGCCCGGCAGGAUGCAAGCACAAAAACACAGGAUGUAGUUCAGAGACUUUCGAAAAUGCUAGCGGAGAGUGUGAAGCAUGUAUGCCUGGUUUCUUUUUCUUCAAGAAAAAAGGAAAGUGUUUGCCGUGCCUUGGAUCGAGAGUCAGUCGGGGAGGGCUUCAAAGCAAAUGCGGUGAAUGUCCCAAAGGCAAAGUUCCGCUUGGGGAUCAUUCCAUUUUCGAAAACUCGGGCUGCGAGUGCGCUCCAGGAACAAUGGACGACGGAAACGGAGGAUGCAUUCCUUGCCCAUCUGGUUUCUACUGGAGUCGCCCAUCCUAUAAUAAAGUUCUUCUCCUAAAUCUAGCAAGGGCACGGACACUUCAACCGGGGAGCUGUCAUCCGUGUCCCAAGGGGUAUUUUAACAACAAGUCGAGAAGGCUAGAAUGUGAUCUCUGCCUUUUCAACACCUUUCAAGAUGAAAUAGGAAGCACAGAGUGCAAAAGGUGCCCGGGAGACUCAAGAAGUCCGAUUGGUAUUUCGGACCCCAAAUUGCUGUUACCCUCACGUAUUUCGUGUGAAGUCGAUGAAACAGGGUGUGCUCCAGGCGAGAUUAGGGAUGCAGCGGGUUCUUGUUCUGCGAGGAGCUGUCCUCUUCCCGGCACAUUCUUCAAAGGUUCAAAAUGUACCCGUUGUUCUAAUGGUUCUAUAUACGUAAGGAACAAGAGAGAUUGUGAAAAAUGUGGUACAGGUGGCGCGAGCAGUGGUAUGUACACAAGCAACGGUGGUCUGUCGACAAAAUGCAAGAAAUGCCCUGUGAACACCCAUCGCAGUAUCUUUGUUCCGAGAAUAUGUAUGUGCCGUACCCUGUCAUACUCGGGACUGUCGUACGGGUUGCUGAAUGGGAAUUGUGUUGUAUGUCCUCGUGGUUUCGGAAACGUUCUUCCUUCUUCUAUCGACAGUUUCUGUGGAAAAUGCCCGCCCGGGUCAAUAUCUGCGUCGACAGGAGAUUCUGUAUGCACCUCAUGUGACCCCAACUCAACCACACGCGGUGAAGACAGAACCACAUGUAUUCGGUGUCCGGCUGGAACGAGACGCCCGCGUGAUGUUUUUGGCCUCUUGUUGAAUGAAUGCCGAAGGGGAGACUAA